AUGACGGUGUCUCUUGACAGUUUAUUCCUUACACUUAUUAUAUUCCUCACGAGGCUAUGCAGCGUCUCGACCGCUCACGUGGUACCCCUUGAGGCCAGCAAGGAUCCCGAAAAUAUCACGCCAGGGAGGCAAAUCUCCCAGGAACUAUUUGACUCUAUUGAGGAGCUGGCUCAUAUUGUCGAUAUCGCCUACUGCAUUGGGACUACUGGCAUUAGAAAGCCGUUCCAAUGCCUCAGUCACUGUGAUGAGCUAAAAGGGUUUGAACUAAUCAACACAUGGCAUACAGGUCCCUUUCUCUCUGAUUCCUGCGGCUACAUCGCCCUCUCGCAUCCCCCCUCACCGAAGCGAAUCAUAGUCGCUUUCCGCGGUACAUACUCAAUCCCGAACGCAAUAGUUGACCUUUCCAUGUAUCCCCAGGAAUACAUACCGUUUUCCCCAGGCAACGAUACUGACGGCGAUGCACCGAAGUGCGAGGACUGUUGGGUCCAUUUAGGCUUCAUGAACGCAUGGCGUUUAACCCGCGCAACAAUCCUAGACACCAUCUCCGCAGCAAGAGACCAAUACCCUGAUUACGCUCUAACCCUAGUAGGCCACUCUCUCGGCGGCGCAGUUGCCGCUCUCGCAGGAACAGAAAUGCAGCUCCGCGGAUGGGAACCCGUCGUGACGACUUUCGGGGAACCAAGGGUAGGGAAUAAGGCGUUUGUCGACUAUCUAGACACCGUGUUCCGCCUGGAAUCUGGCAAUGAGCGGGUGUGGAAAUUCCGCCGGGUGACGCAUGUGAAUGACCCUGUACCCCUAAUCCCGCUUACAGAAUGGGGCUACGAGAUGCACAGCGGAGAGAUUUAUAUUGACCGCGUUGAGCUUCCAUUUUCUGUUGACGAUGUCAGGUACUGCCAGGGCGGGUCCGAUCCAAACUGCAUUUCAGACGCGGAGGGGAAGAGCACAACUUUCUCCCCAUAUAGCUCGCAGGGCUUUGAUCUCUCCGAAUCCAACAUGGAGCAGCAAGUCCUUUCGCGCUCGCCGCACCAGUCGAAGGAUCAGCAACAGGAGAAUGAGAAGGGAGCUUUUCCAUAUCUGGAAUCCCAGAGUACCUCGUGUCUGCCAUGGGGUAUACUUCCACCUAGGUUUCGACUGUGGGAGCUAUUCUACUCUCAUCGUGACUACUUUAUUCGUUUGGGGCUUUGCGUUCCCAAGGGAGAUUUGUCAGGGGGGUGA